CAGUGACAAGACAUCACAGAUCUGUUGCCUUUACAAAACAAAGAUGGCCAGUGAAGAAACUUUUCCUUCUCAGCUGAGGAUUGCACUCAUUGGGAAGGUUGGAGUUGGGAAGACCUCAGUCAUGAAAACCCUCCUGAUGAGCUCUGAAGAAGUUCUCCGUUACACAGAAAAGUGUCAGAAGAAAGAAGCAAAGAUCGGAGGACAAACUGUGGUGGUUGUUGACACUCCAGGUCUGUGUAAACCAAGAAAAACAAAGGAGGAGUUGAUUGAGGAGAUUAAAAAAUGUGUCUCAUUAACUGCUCCUGGUCCUCAUGUGUUCCUGUUCGUGCUGAAUUUGGAUAGAUUUACAAAAGAAGACCAGGACACAGUUGAGAUUAUCAAGAAGACCUUUGGUGAAAAGGCAGCAACUUACACUAUGGCUUUGUUCACCCAUGGAGAUCAACUGAAGAAAAAGGGAAAAACCAUAAAAAAGUUCAUGGAAAAAAACAAAGAUCUCAAACACUUUGUUGACACAUGUAAAGGGGGACCACACGUUAUCGACAACAAAGAUAAGACACAGUCUGAAGCCACCAAGCUACUGGAGAAGAUCAACAACAUGGUUAAAGAAAAUGGAGGAAAGUGCUACACUGAUGAAAUGCUCCAAGAGGCUGAGAAAGAAGGAAAAAUAAACUUUGUCGGCACAUGUAAAGGGGGACCACAUGUUAUUGAGAACAACUAUAACACACUACCUGAAGCCACCGAGCUACUGGAGGACAUGAUUAAAGAAGAUGGAGGAAAGUUCCACACUGCCGAAAGCGUCCAAGAGGCUGAGAAAGAAGGAGAAAGUUCUGGACUUCGGAAGAGAAUCGCUCUCUCUGUGAAUGGCUCUGCUCUGGCUGGAGCAGGUCUUGGAGGAGCAGUAACUCACUUUGUUGGGAGCGCAGUUGGAAUCCCAGUUGGAGCUGCAGCGGGAGCUGCAAUCGGAGGUGUACUUGGAGGUGUAGGGAUAGUUACAGCAGAACAUAUUAAGGCUAAAAAAUGCGUAAUGCAGUAAAUUUUCAUUAUUAUUAUGAGCAAGAGUUUAGGUUCCAAACAAACGCAAAACUGUAAAUAUGUAUAUGCUAUAUCAGUGGCUCUUAACCUGGGGGUUGGUCCAUAAAAAUAGAAAAAAAUAACUUACAAAUAACUAGACGGACUACAGUUGUGAAUGGAAUCACUUUGGGUGGACACUGUAAAUAUUUUGCACUGUUUAAACCAGUAGGUGGCGGUGAUGCCAAAGACGAUCAGACAGAAAGUUUCUAGGCAACCACCAAAGUAGCUGUCCUGUCAGUCUUAUCAAAGAUUAUAGCGGCAGCGAUCUGUUAUCUUUCGUGUGCUGCUCUUUUGUUGCUAAAAAAUCUGCUUUAAUAAAAGAGACAAACGGAGAGUGCAUGCUCUGGCAUUCUUUUGAGUGCAUGAGGUGUACAAACACGCAGGAGAAAGGGAAAGGGAGAUCUGUGUGGGCACAUGAGACCCUCAGAAAGGGGAGACACCGCAGGUAGUGGCCUACCAGUUGGUCCAGGCGCUUCAUCUCGAUGAUGGUCGGUUCAAGUCUUAUUUUAGGAUGAGUCAGGAACAGACUGUUGCAGUCUCCGGACAAUUCAAGCAACUGUAAACUUCCAUCAGCGCAACUGAGGUCUCUCCCUUCAUUAGAUUGGACAAUGGGCCAAAAUGCGAGGCGCUCAGGGCACAUUAACAGCGCGCAGAACGCUCACUGCCAAUAGAAUACAAUUUUAAAAAGGCUAAAAACACAUUCUGUGUGAUCUGCUGGGGCGGAAAGGGGUUGGACUGCCAGAAAGGUUAGGAACACCUGUGCUUUAUCAUAUGUUUCUAUAUCAGUCUAGCAAAUAACAAUAGCAUGUAACUGGUUAUCAGGCUUUCCUAUGUAAAAUAAUUGCUGUAUUAUUACAUAAUUAGACACUUGCUGCUUGGAAAUGUGUCCAAUCAAAAGCAAUCAAAUCAAUUAUGUAAACAGGAAGUCAAAAUAGCAUCACAAGCUAGCAGAAUGUCAAUAAUGAUGUUAGAGGCAUAUAUAUAUCUGUCUGCAUACAUAAAGACAUUGUUUUUUCAGAGUUAGCAGUAUUCAUACAGUUUAUACUGAGAAAUAAGACAUGAUUAUGCUAAGCUAACUAACGUUCUUUACUAAUUUAGUAAAAUGUUAUAAUUAUCAAGUUACAUAAUUUUAGGUGUAUGGAUUAUUUUAGUAAAAUGUAAUUUGUACACAUGCGAGGAAUUUGACUCAGGAUUGUACGUUGCUCAUGAUGUGCUUACUCAUAUACAAAAACACAAAAUCAACAAUAAUAAAAAUAAAAUAAAGUCAGACAGACUUCAGUGUAGACCACACAAAUAUACACACUAUGAACAGAAACAAUAUAGACAUGUUGACAAAUAGUGCAGUGAGCAGAGUGCAAAGGAUGCUGGAAUAAAUAAGUAUUAAGUAGUUUGUGCAGGAGUUAUGACUUGGAUUGGAUUUGAUGUACAGUAUCAACAAUAUGACAAUAUAACAGUAUGAACAGCUCUGGAGAAAUGGAGAAUGAUGAAUAAAUAAUAAGUGGAAACCAGUAAAGAGGUGGCUGAUUAGAAGCAGAGUUACUGAGUUAUUGCACAGGAAUUGUUCCUGACAGCUGUUCAUCAGAGUGAUGGCUUGUGGGAAGAAACUGUUCCUGAGUCUGUUGGUUUUGGCGUACAGUGCUCUGUAGCGCCUACCAGAGGGGAGGAGCU